UAUGCACCCGAGUUGUCUAAACCGUAGUGGUAAUUGUCACACUUUUUCUAACAACAGUUGUUGAAAUAUAUGAUCCAUAAUAGUACUCCGCCAAUACUUUAGGUGGCCAGUAUUGACAUUGUACUCGGAAAACCUGGCGCCCGCCGGAUCGACUGUAUCUUGACUGUACUUUCAAAUGUCCGAUCUUACGUGGGGCACCUGAAGGCAGCGUCAGUGUUGAGUCUCUGUCGAUUGAGGAAAUAGCACAGACACAGCUUCAUCUCCUCUGGGAUACUGACGCUUGAGCCACAGUAGAUUGUUUGCCCGCGUUUGCUUUAUUUUAUCCAAAAAGGAAAAUGGAAGGAAACGUUUGCAACAUCCAGGUGCUUCUUCGGGCUGCCGAGUUUCUGGAGAGGAGAGAGCGAGAGGCCGAACAUGGAUAUGCUUCAGUCCUGCCCCUCAGUCCAGGUCACUCUGAUGAGAGGAGCAAACAGAAGAGCAAGAGGAUAUCUGCUGGUGGCAACAGGUCAGUUCACAAUGAGCUGGAGAAAAACAGAAGAGCUCAGCUGAGGCACUGCCUGGAGCAGCUCAAGAAACAAGUCCCCCUCUCAUCUGACUCGAUGAGGAACACCACCCUCAACUUGCUGAGACGAGCCCAGCUUCACAUAAAGAAGCUGCAGGAGCAGGACGAGCGUGCAGAGCAGCUGAAGGGCCGCCUGCGCUGGGAGCAGAGAGAGCUGCGGGUUCGGCUCGAGCAGCUGCAGAGAGGCACAGAGAGGAUGAGGAACAAUAGUCAAGGGUCGACCAUGUCCUCCGAGAGGUCGGACUCCGACAGAGAGGACGUGGAGGUUGAUGUGGAGAGCAUCGUGUUUGACUGUGUGGACUCUGACGGACUUAGCAUUACGCAUACUGACGCAGACCACUGUUACUCCAGCAUGGACAAAGCCUGGCUAUGACAGCAGUAAACCUACAGUAACUCACUUAAUCUCACCGAAUGGACAGGAAGAGGAGAAAACAUUCCAAAAACAAGCAAAUAGAGGAGGAGAGACAAUGGAAAAAAGAUGUUACUAUCCAACUGAACACUUUUUUUUUUUUUGAAUGGAAGGAAUAACUUUUGACAUUCUCCUUUCAAAUUAUGUCAGACUACAAGCUAAACAAUAAUGUUUGUUAUGGAUGAGCUGUGUCCAUGUGCACUGAAUAGCAGUUAAAAUCACUAGGCUGGAAUGGAUGUAACGUUAGGCAUAUAUGUAUGUAUAUAUGUGUGUGCGUGUGUUUGUGUAUAUGUGUAUGUA